AUGCUCCCUCGAGGUCUUGUUGACAUGCGGGGAGCGGUUCACACACCACCUCUUGAUGUGCUUGGGCGGGGCGUAGACUCCGCCUCUCAGCUCCCCCCCGGCGCGGGUGACAGCUCGACGCGCGCGAUCGACGGCAUCCUCAAACGAAUAGAUGCGGACGUCGUGGGUUUGAAACUUGUACGUGAUUCGUCGUGUCGUCCGCGCCACUGGGUAGUGCCGCAUCAUACCCAUGGCGUGAGAUGGGAUGAGUAG